UUGUUCGGCUUAUCGCAGUUCGUGCAAAAUGAUCUUUCGCGAUCGAUGCGGCUUGCUUUUCGUUCUGUUAACAGUGCAUUUCGCGUGUGUUUUAUCUAAAAGGGAUGUUGAAUUAGGUUGUCGUGUGGAAAAUGGAGAAUUGGUCGAUUGGUACUACGCGUACAAACUUCCAAAGGAAGCCUCGGAACACGAUUCCGCCUCGAAUGGGCUGCGCUACACCUAUGUUUCCUCGAAAGAUGAAUCUUCGGCGAGUAUUCGCUGGCUUGUCCCGCAGUUCGAUAUAAAUCACCCGGAAAGCGUUGCAGGCACUACGAUCGCACCGGUGUUGGCCGGAAACUCGACGCUUCUCACGAUCCUGUACAACGAUGAACCAACGAAUGGGCCGACGGACAUGGAACGUGGUCAUACGAAAGGCGUUUUCAGUACAGACGGCCAGACCGGUUUCUGGUUGAUACACUCGGUGCCAAAGUUUCCACCGGAAAUCGGAACCGAGUACAGUUACCCGCGCACCGGUCAGCUAUACGGACAGAGCUUUCUCUGCAUAACCCUGAACGCGUCCCAGAUGGAAACCGUGGCCGGACAGUUCAUACACAACGAGUUAAACGUUUACUCGGCCAACAUCCCAGGCGAACUGGGUGAUCGUUUUCCAACGCUCGCCAAAGUGGCCCGAAUGACGCCCGUCGAUCGAACGGCGCCUUUUUACAGUCAAAAGACGAUCAGCUCACGCGCUGGGGUGGACUUUGUGACCUUUGCGAAGAGUCGCGAGUUUGGGAAGGAACUGUACUCUGACUGGAUUGCACCGGCGCUGGAUGUGGGACUACUGGUGGAGAGCUGGCAGCACGGUGCCGGUAAUCUGCCGAGUGAGUGUGUAGAGGACGGUGGCCGGCACAGUGUGCUGAAUGUGCGCGAAGUACAGGUCGGUGGAAAGGCUAGCAAGGAUCGGUUCACGACAAUGAAAGAUCACUCCAAGUGGGCCGUUGAUUUGACGGAUGGCGCCCGUUGGAUCUGCGUGGGAGACAUUAACCGGCAGGAGCACCAGAAACAGCGUGGUGGUGGCAGUGUUUGCCGGAUUUCGAAACCGAUCGCUUCACUGUACCGUGGAAUGGUUCUGGAAGUGCAGCCGUGUCCGAAGCCGGAACGCAAAGAAGCGUAGCCGACUUAGCGAAUGGUUGGAGAGAACGUUACUGAAUAAAGUACGUGUUUUAAGUUUAGUGAAAGAAGUGUGCCAGUCUAGUUGCAGUAGGCGUUUCUGUAGAAGGUUUGAUGUAGUUUUGUAUAAAGUAGGCCUUUUGUAUCUGAAAUUGGUGUUUUGCGGUUAGUGCAUGAAGGUGUUUUGUAUUUAGUGCAUGUUUUGUUAUAGAAUGUGAUUCUUGUCCA